AUGGCCCAUAAUAACAGCGCCCGGCGGCAGCCGCUGCGGAUGUCCGUCGAACAGGCGCUGGAAGAAGAACGCCGCGAGAUCUUGGAGCUGCUUGAAGGUCCUCAAGGUCGGAAUGCCCCUCCGGAACGUCGCGCUAGCCCCGCCCCCGUUCGGAGCCUGCUGGAUACCUCGCUGGAGCCGGCCCACAGGCGAUACGGCUCCAUUGCGGGCAUUGGAGUGGGAGUCACGCCGUCGUCCGCUGCCAGCUCUGUGCCUGCGACUGAUAAUACGCCUGAUCCCGGUUCUCAGGACAAUGGGCCCGACUCAGAACUCUCCGACCGUCCAUCCUCAGAUGGCGCGACGACUCUGCCUCCUCCCGAGAGGAGAAGGGCCCUGAAGAGUCGCAGCGUGGACAUCCACGCCGACUAUCGGUUUAGCAUGCGGCCAACCGUUCCCCACAUAGUGCUCCCGAAGCACACCGUUCAGGCAGUCCGCUCCCUCUCACCGCGACCUUCCCAGCUUAACAAAUACGUGACUGGCACUGGAAAGGUGAUUAAUAUGGAUCGCGCCUACAAGAAGCUCUCAGACGCCGCCCUGGCCACGUCAAGUGGCAGUCUAUCAUCCCUGUCGAAGAACGACGCUGCACGCGAGAGUGGCGGAAGCGGGGAAUCCCUUGCUGAUGAUGCAAACGUGCGCCUUCCAAAAGAUAGCACCGAAAGUGCAGAGAAUUCAGAGUGCGUCGAUACUAGCGAGGACGAGGUCGACGACACCAGCUCCGAAGAUGAAGCGCUCAGUUCCAAAUCAUCACCAGAAAAGCCUCGCGGGAGGCAAAAGUCGACAGACCCUGUUUCCUCUCCGACACAGGGCGAUUGGAGUGGGAAAAAAGGGCCUCCUCCCCCGCCAACAAGUCCAUCCCGAGCGGGUCCACUGAGUCUCCUCGCAGAAUUGGAGGAAGAGCGAGAGCUGUUAGCUCCCCCGCGUCGAAGGGGAUCCGUUCUCACGCCAGCUAAGGACAAGCCUAACUGGAGACGGAAGGGAGUUCAUCCGAACACGAGUUUCGACCACACUGCAUCCAUGGUCAACACACCAGUUGGAUCAGACGAUGAGGCGGACCUUUCAGACAUCAGGCAGGCCCAAAACCUGAGCAUCUACAUGUCAUCCGUCGACAACUCCAUUCCGGACCGGGCGAUUCGAACCAUCAUCCGGGGCGAUUUUCCUCGCUUCCAGCGAGAAGCCGCCGAGGGUCUCCGUCGACAGCGCAAAUACCUGGUGGCAACGGAUCUUAGCGAUGAAUCGGUGUACGCUCUGGAAUGGACGAUCGGUACCAUCCUUCGAGACGGUGACACAUUGUUUGCCGUGUAUGCCAUCGCGGACGAAAGCGCGGGUGGAGUUGAUAUCAACUCAGUACAGAUUGGAGAAGGGGCGAAAGUGAUGCAGGAUACCGCUGACGUGGUCGGAAAACAAACCGAGAAGACCGCUCUGAGAUUUCAGGCGAACGCUGCAAGUUUGAUCCCGCACGCGUUGGCGUCGUAUUUUGGCUCGGACAGCCGGUCGAACUCCCGGAAUAACUCGGUCGACGCGCGGGCGUUGUCGAGAGCAGAGGCGGAACGGGCCCGAGCCAUCGAAGGAAUCUCGCAGACUUGCGUCCGGCUGCUGAGGAAGACGAUGCUGCAGGUCCGCGUUGCGGUGGAGGUCAUCCACUGCAAGAGUCCGAAGCAUCUGUUAACCGAAGCGAUUGAUGGACUCGAGCCGACGCUGGUGAUUCUUGGAUCCCGUGGUCGAAGUGCCUUGAAGGUGACCAAGUCCUCUGUACCGGUGAUGGUGGCGCGUAAGAAGCUGAAGAAACAUAUCAAGAAGACCCGAGUGCGGCUUUCCAACAAUCUCACGACUCCAAAAAGCCUGGCCAUGGCGAAAAUCGACUGA